UCAAAAAAAAGGAAAAUAGUGAGUAGUGCAAAGGAAAGUACUUAACAACAUGAGCGAAAUAAUGAAACAAUAAAGAAAAUUUCUGAGAGGACGACUGAUUCAUUAUUUGAUUUGAUUAUUGAUUAUUGGAACUACAAUAAUAGUGUGAUGAUAGCAGCUGCAAUUGGAGUUCGGAAAAAAGAGGGGCCUGGUUGGUGAGUCAGUGAGUCACGUUUACACAAUUACACGGCAGCGAGUUGAAAGUUGAAACCCAAACUCGCUGUUGAAGCUGUGUCUGUAGUCUGUACUCUGUCUGGCAGGCGUAGCUGUUACCUCACUCACUCACUCACUAACUCACUCGACUCGUUGGCGUGAACUCACUGGUUUGUUACCACUCUCAAAAGCUUUUAAGCUUCCUUCAUUCACUCCUGAACCCUAGCUAGCACGAGAAUGGGAGAUCAAGUCGACGAGAGGUUGGGAUCCGAUGAAUUGGACUCCGAUGCUGCUGGUGGCGCCGCCGUCAAGGCCGAUGAGCUCUGCAUGGAGAUCGAUCCGCCCCCGUUGCAGGAGAACGUCGCUACCGCUGAGGAUUGGCGGAGAGCACUCAGCAAGGUCGUCCCCGCUGUCGUCGUCCUCCGCACAACCGCAUGCCGCUCGUUCGACACUGAGUCUGCCGGUGCCAGCUACGCCACCGGCUUCAUCGUCGACAAGCGCCGCGGCAUCAUCCUCACCAAUCGCCACGUUGUCAAGCCCGGUCCUGUAGUUGCAGAGGCCAUGUUUUUGAACCGCGAAGAAGUUCCAGUGCAUCCAAUAUACAGAGAUCCAGUCCAUGAUUUUGGGUUCUUUCGUUAUGAUCCUGGUGCUAUACAAUUUCUGAAUUAUGAUGAAAUACCUCUUGCACCUGAGGCUGCAUGUGUUGGACUAGAAAUCAGAGUUGUUGGCAAUGACAGUGGUGAGAAGGUUUCCAUUUUGGCUGGUACUCUUGCUCGGUUGGACAGGGAUGCUCCUCACUAUAAGAAGGAUGGGUACAAUGACUUCAAUACCUUCUACAUGCAAGCAGCCUCUGGGACCAAAGGAGGAUCAAGCGGUUCCCCAGUUAUAGAUUGGCAAGGGAGGGCAGUGGCCUUGAAUGCUGGGAGCAAGUCAUCAAGUGCAUCAGCAUUCUUUUUACCUCUAGAACGAGUAGUGAGGGCAUUGAGAUUUAUUCAAAAGGGCAGUGAAACAUAUGUUGAUAAAUGGAAGGCAGUUUCUAUACCUCGUGGUACACUUCAGGCAACCUUUCUGCAUAAAGGUUUUGAUGAGACUCGCAGGCUUGGUCUAAAAAGCGAGACAGAGCAGAUGGUACGUCAUUCUUCUCCAUCUAGUGAAACUGGAAUGCUAGUUGUGGACUCUGCGGUGCCAGGCGGUCCAGCUUAUAAACAUUUGGAACCAGGCGAUGUGCUUGUUCGUGUCAAUGGGGAAGUCAUUACUCAGUUUCUGAAACUGGAGACUGUACUUGAUGACAAUGUAAACAAGAAUAUUGAAUUACAAAUUGAAAGGGGUGGCACAUCAAAGAUAUUAUCUCUGUUGGUGAGAACUUUUUUCCCUAUUACUCCUGAUUAUUUCUUAGAAGUUAGUGGGGCAGUGAUACAUCCUCUUUCUUAUCAGCAGCCUGGUGUAAGAUUCUAUGCACUUUCAUCACUAAUUCUUCCUUUUUGCAGAUAUAUACUCUUUAGGGCAGGAGUUCCUCGCCAUGCAAUAAUUAAGAAAUUUGCUGGGGAAGAGAUAUCUUGUGUGGAGGAAUUGAUAUCAGUUCUCUCUAAUCUAUCUAGGGGUGCUCGAGUUCCAUUGGAGUACAUAAGCUACAUGGAUCGUCACCGAAGGAAGUCUGUAUUGGUGACAGUUGACCGCCAUGAGUGGUAUGCCCCUCCCCAGAUAUACACUCGGGAUGACAGUACAGGCCUCUGGAUUCCAAGGCCAGCUUUUCAGCCUGACUCCUGUUUUCUAUCAUCUGGUUUUAAAAAUGUUGGAAAUAUCGCCAACCAUCCAGUUUCACUAAGUGGGGAACAUGUGCAUGAAGAUAACAAUCAUGGGUUGGCUGAUGGUGUCACUAGCAUGGAAACCAAUUAUGAAGAUCCUUCUGCAUAUGUAUCUCACCACAAUGCAUCUGAUGCUGGAGUGAAGAAACGAAAAAUGGAGGAAGAUUUACCUGCUGAUGGAAGUGUUGCUGAUGUUUCCUUAAAUGAAACUGGUGAAACAAAGGUCGGAAAACCAAAUGCUAUGCAGGAUGAUGUUUUAAUGGAUUAUCAGGGUGUAACUGCUGCAGCAGCAAAUGCAUCAGUUGCUGAGCGUGUCAUUGAGCCUACUCUUGUGAUGUUUGAGGUCCAUGUUCCUCCAUCUUGCAUGCUUGAUGGUGUUCAUUCACAGCAUUUCUUUGGAACUGGUGUCAUAAUAUAUCACACUAAAGAUAUGGGACUUGUUGCAGUUGAUAAGAAUACAGUUGCAAUUUCUGCCUCUGAUGUGAUGCUAUCAUUUGCUGCUUUCCCAGUUGAAAUUCCAGGAGAGGUGGUAUUUCUCCAUCCUGUUCACAAUUAUGCUCUCAUAUCAUAUGACCCCUCUGCUUUGGGACCUGUUGGUGCUUCAGUCGUUCAUGCAGCAGAGUUACUUCCAGAGCCAGCAUUACGUCGAGGAGAUUCUGUUUACCUAGUUGGGUUGAGUAGAAGCCUUCAAGCAACCUCUAGGAAAUCUGUUGUCACCAAUCCUUGUGCUGCACUAAAUAUAGGAUCUGCUGAUUCCCCACGUUACAGAGCAACUAAUAUGGAAGUAAUUGAGCUCGAUACUGAUUUUGGUAGUACAUUCUCAGGUGUGCUAACAGAUGAACAAGGAAGGGUCCAAGCUAUAUGGGGAAGCUUCUCUACUCAGCUGAAAUUUGGUUGCAGUACAUCAGAGGAUCAUCAAUUUGUGAGGGGCCUUCCAAUUUAUGCGAUAAGUCAAGUUCUUGAAAAGAUUGUAUCCGGUGCAAAUGGGCCACCUCUUCUAAUAAAUGGUGUCAAACGGCCUAUGCCCCUUGUGAGAAUUUUAGAGGUUGAACUUUAUCCCACAUUGCUUUCUAAGGCUCGGAGUUUUGGAUUGAGUGAUGACUGGAUUCAGGCACUUGUUAAGAAAGACCCAGUAAGACGACAGGUUCUGCGUGUUAAAGGUUGCUUGGCUGGAUCUAAGGCUGAGAAUCUUUUAGAACAAGGAGACAUGGUGUUGGCUAUUAACAAAGAACCAGUGACAUGCUUCCGUGACAUUGAAAAUGCUUGCCAAGCUUUAGACAAAUCUAAUGCCAAUGAUGGGAAGCUUCACAUAACUAUUUUCCGGCAGGGACAAGAGGUCGAGCUUCAGGUGGGAACAGAUGUUAGGGAUGGAAAUGGCACAACACAUGCAAUUAACUGGUGUGGCUGCAUUGUUCAAGAUCCACACCCCGCAGUACGAGCUCUUGGAUUUCUUCCUGAAGAAGGCCAUGGUGUAUAUGUGGCAAGGUGGUGUCAUGGCAGCCCUGUACAUAGAUAUGGUCUAUAUGCUCUACAGUGGAUAGUUGAAAUCAAUGGGAAGCCAACUCCAAAUUUAGAUGCUUUUGUUGAUGUGACAAAGGAACUAGAGCAUGGGGAGUUUGUACGUGUGAGGACAAUUCACCUAAAUGGAAAGCCACGGGUCCUAACAUUGAAGCAAGAUCUGCAUUAUUGGCCUACGUGGGAAUUGAGAUUUGAUCCAGACACUGCAAUUUGGUGUCGCAAUAUAAUCAAAUCGUUGAAAUGCAGUACUGUAUAAGCAGAGUAUAUUAUUGGCAAACAAAACCCUAUAGAACCAGCAGCUGAGAGCACCUGAAAUCUUGUGGAAGGCAUCUGUGAGGUUUUCAGACAUGCGACUCAACAUUGUUGUGGUGUUGCAGAUUUGAUGCUCUGCCUGGAGAUGUCUACUGCAUCGCCUUGAUUGGUGAGUUAUAUAGUAUUCAAUCCAUGCUGGCAAUGUUAUUUUUGGAUCAUGUACUGCAUCAUUGAACCCGUCGCUUAAUCAUACUAUAUAUGCUGGAAACGUUGGGUAAUAAAAGGUAAAUUAAAAAUAAAUAUAUACUUAUCAUUUUUUUAGGUUAUUGAAACCAGAAAGCUUCUGUGUGGUUUCCCUUGGCUUUUGUAUAUCUUAUCAAACUAUGAUGCCUUUAGCAUCCUCACUUGCUCUUUCAAUGUAAAUGUGAUGGAAAAAUUCGGUAGUAGUAAUGUAAUUUUUGAAGACGAUUGUCAUUUUUCCCGC